AUGUCAGGUGUGGUCCCCACAGCCCCUGAGCAGCCUACAGAAGAAGCAGAAAAUCAGGUAAAAUCGACAACUGCUGUGCCCGAUGCUCCUCCUGACUAUAAUUCUCAUUUUAACACAGGCCCUGCUGGACCAGCUGCCCCUCCAUCUGCAGGCUUGCCGAUGGGAUACUACGUUCCCCAGCAGCCCAGUGCCAUCCCCUUGUACCAUCCCACCGGUGGUACCCAUCCAAUCCAGUACCAGCCUGGCAAAUAUCCUUUGAUGAACCAGCCUGCUCCCAUAAUGUGGAUGCCAGGGCCAGCUCCAAUGCCCAACUGCCCUCCUGGUUUGGAAUACUUGGCUCAGUUGGACAAUAUACACGUCCUUCAACAUUUGGAGCCUCUGGAAUUGAUGACACGCUUUGAAACUAAUAAUAGAUAUGAUAUCAAGAACAACGUAGACCAGAUGGUUUACAUCGUAACAGAAGACACAGAUGACUUUACCAGGAAUGCCUAUCGGAACCUCAGACCCUUUGUGCUCCGGGUCACUGACUGCCUGGGCCGAGAGAUCAUGACCAUGCAGAGGCCUUUCCGAUGCACCUGCUGUUGCUUCUGCUGCCCCUGUGCGAGGCAAGAGCUGGAAGUGCAGUGUCCUCCUGGAGUCACCAUUGGCUUUGUGGCAGAACACUGGAACUUAUGCAGAGCCUCUUACAGCAUCCAGAAUGAGAAGAAGGAAAGUGCGAUGAGAGUGCGCGGUCCAUGUGCGACCUAUGGCUGUGGCUCUGAUUCUGUUUUUGAGGUCAACUCUCUAGAUGGAGCGUCUAACAUCGGCAGUAUUAUCAGGAAGUGGAAUGGCUUUUUAUCAACGAUGGGAAAUGCAGACCACUUUGAGAUUCGCUUCCCUUUGGCCCUGGAUGUGAAAAUGAAAGCAAUGAUCUUCGGCUGUUGCUUCCUCAUUGAUUUCAUGUACUUUGAACGCCCUCCUCCGCGACGUUCAUCAAGAUAGAAGAUCAGAUGAAUCAUCAGUUGAAAACAGAAUCAGAGAAAUUUGCAUCCAGCUUAUAGCCUUCAUUUAUUAGCAAGUGUAUUCCUCUGGCUUGACACGUGUCUCAGUUGAGUAUUUAGCAGCUUGGGACACUAGGUUAUUCUGAAAUGGCUGCUUCAUUAGCCCAAUCAACAUACAGAUACGAGCGAUAAGCAAUAGGCACGUGAGCUAUGGGAAAAUGACGCCCUUAGUUCCCAACUUAACAGAUACAGACAUAACACGUCUUCUAUAUCUGUCCCUCUCUUCUUCAUUGGGACAAACUUUAUUCUAGGUGAGAGGACUGCUACUCUUACCCGUCAUCUUUAGGAGCCAAGAGGUGCACAGAAAGAAUGUGCUUUAAUGUGCAAAGGAAAUGUUUCUCGUGCGCAUGCACCAGAACACCGUUCUGCAACGUGCAUACAAGUUCAUAAAGUUCUCAGUGGGUGAAUUUUAUUUUAUUACAUAAUAAAAUGUAUUCUCUUUAUAGGCAGUUUAUAUUUUCUAUCCAUAUUUCUUCAUCCUCUCAGCUGGGCAACUCAGAACUACCUAUGUAUGAAGGCAGGAUGAGGGUACCAGGGAAAGUUGAUCAGGGCCACAGCCAGAUAAGGUCUUGGCAUCUUACAAACCUUGUGCGUUUGCUUCCUCAGCAGAUUUAGUGUGAAUUCUCUUAUUUACACAGGCCUUAUAUCUGGAUGUUUAUCCUGAUGUCUGUCUGGAAUUAUCUAUUGUAUUUUUUAUCUCAUUUGAUUUUUUUUCCAAGAUCCAUCUAAAGAUCAGGAUGUCCUUGUGACGAACAGUUCAUAAAAACUGAAUGUAUAAAUCCCGUCAUCGUUCUAGUACUGCUUGACUGUUUUGCAUGCUGAGAGACCCAUUAUAUACAAACAGUAAGAAAACACAGUAAAUAUAUUGCUUCCAUAUUUUCUCCAGAUUAUCAGUGAGGACAAUGGAAGACCAGCAGAUUUGUACCAAGGACAGUGUAUUAAGAAUCCACUGAUUUGAUUAAUGAGUCUCACAUCUUGGCUUUCGACCUCCACAUAGAUUGUGUGUGGCAUUUUUUUAAAUUGGAUAUAUCCUUUUAGAGUUUAUUAAAAAUAAAAAAGGUUUAAGUGCUCUUGGGUUGGGUUAUCCUGAGAGAAGGGAUUGAGCCAACAGGUCUUUUUUGAAAUAACAGACAGGUGCUUCAGCUUUAAUUAUACUAAUGUUUUUUAUGAGAAAGAUUGUCUUCCUCAGUUAUUUACUUGCUGCUGUUGACAUUUUAUAAACACAAAAUCAUGAGUUCUAGACUAACGCUAAUUACCUUAUAUUUUAAAAUGCAUCUCUAAUUUUAACUAGACGUGUACGUUUUCUGUGUGAUAUCUCGUACUUUGCAUAUAAACCAGAUAAACAGCAUUCUGAGAGCUCAGGUAUAAACCUGUCAUUUUACCCACGCACACCCCAUUCUAACACUUGUACCGCGUUGAUAGCGAAGGUCAGAAUGCUUUCUAUUUCUGUGCUUCAUACUUUAGUGUUUACGAUGCUAAGCCGUCUCUAACAGCAAAAAUUCUUUAUCAUGAUUCACGCAGUUUCUAUAUCUCAGUAGAAUUUCAUUGUAUCAAGACAACUUCCUUAACUAAACAAUAAACGGAACUUGUUUUUU